AUGGGAUAUACACAUACUUUUCAGAAAAGGGCAUCCCUAUCAGAUUUUAAAACCAUCAGAACUCUCGGAACUGGUUCAUUCGGACGUGUGCUCUUAGUCCAACUUAAAGAGACAAAAGCAUUUUUCGCCUUAAAAGUCAUGGACAAAGAAAAAAUAGUGAAGCUCAAACAAGUUGACCACAUCCUGAACGAGAAGCGAAUUCUGGCAGCCGUCGACUUCCCAUUCUUCAUCAAGCUUUUCUAUAGUUUCAAGAUGUUCGUAAAUAGCCUCUUCCCUAAAUUGAUUCAGAACGAGCACUAUCUGUUUCUCGCUCUGGAGUAUGUACAGGGUGGAGAAAUGUUUUCCCAUUUAAGAAGGCGUGGAAGAUUCAGAAAGAAAUCACUAAUUCAAGUCAGUGAUUCGGCAGCAAAAUUUUACGCAAGUCAGGUUGUGCUGGCUUUCGAAUACCUUCACUUCAUGGAAGUUUUGUACCGGGACUUGAAACCUGAGAACAUUCUACUGGAUCAGCAUGGAUAUAUAAAGAUAGCAGACUUCGGUUUUGCAAAGCACGUGAAACAUCGAACUUACACACUAUGUGGCACUCCGGAAUAUCUGGCUCCAGAAAUAAUCAAGAGUAAGGGCUAUACAAAGGCGGUGGAUUGGUGGGCGUUUGGCGUCCUGGUGUACGAAAUGAUUGCAGGUCAUCCACCAUUCUUUGCAGACGAACCCAUUCAGAUUUAUGAGAGGAUCGUAGCGGGUCAUUACAAGUUUACGCCGUUUUUCACAGCUGAGGCCAAAGAUCUUGUGAGAAAUCUCCUUCAGGCUGACUUGACUCGAAGAUUCGGCAAUCUGAAAAACGGUACAAAUGAUAUCAAGCAACACAAAUGGUUCAGUAGUGUUAACUGGGUGGCCACUUUCAAACGCGAAGUAACGGCACCCAUCAUCCCCAGUUGCAAAUCUCCGGGUGAUUCGAGCAACUUCGAUUUAUACAAUGAAGAUCCUCUAAAAGAAGGCGGUCCGGAAAAAUUCGCAGCUGAAUUUGCCAACUUUUAGGCGAUGCAAUUUGUCCUUAUCCUUUUGAAGCUUUGGUUUUACCUGGCCACCUCGUGAAAACACGGUGAGCAGCGCAUUUCCAAUUGUGAUAGACUCUUGACGAUCAAGCUUUUCACCUACAUCUACACAGCUCAACUACUACCACUACUAUUUCCCACUGCCUGCCCAUAUGGGGACCGCAAUAUUCGCAACUGACAAUUCUCACAGUCUUCGAAAAGGACGACAGUCUUGUGGGAUAUUUUACUUUGUAAUAUCUCACACGUUUUCAACAAAAUCUACG